GAGAGGUCAAAGUGCAUGUCUAUCCCUUCAAAUAUUUGUCCGCCAUAGAACGCCACCGCGCCUGCAGCUGCUUUCUGCCUUUUGCAUGUUUUGCUCCAUCAUUGCCUCUGACUCUGAUUCCCAAUUUUCCGCAGUUUGUCUCACAGAAAGUUAGAAAAAUCUGCGUCCCGAUUCCAGAUCAUCAACUGAUUUUUCUAUUUGUACCACCGCAGCUUGGUAGCUUCGUCCGGACUGUUGUUAAGGCCCAUUGUGAUUUCGCCACUUAGGACUCCUCUGCCCUCAAAACCACCUAAAAAAUGGCUGCUAAGAAGCCUUUUAUUACUUUCGGCUUGAAACCUAACACGCUUCAAGUCCUUUUUUCCAAUCCCAAGCCAACAGUAGAGGAGCUUCAAAAAUUAGGGAUGUUAGAGCUCAUCAACUUCCUUUGCAGUAAUGGCUUGCAGGAAGUGAAAAUGCAUUGGCUGGCACCCCAGUUGGCUACAGCCGCAUGGAUGAUGAUUGACGACUUGGACAAGAACACUGUCCUGGGACCAGUUCCACCAGGCUAUGUACAAAAUGGGCCUCCCAAUGCCGGCGCGCUCGGAGCAGCACUUGGAGCCUACAACGCGCCCCCGGCCGUCGGCGCGGCGCCUGGUGCCUUCCCAACACAUGCAGAACUUGCGGUGCAUGCCGGACGGCUUGGUGCUGCCUUCACAGCGCUCUCCGAGGCGCUGAAGGCACCCCCGGCGCCCGCACAGCACUAACAAUUAGUAGCUGGAGUUUGAUCAGUCUCUUUAAAAUUUAUAAUUUUCUCUUGUCGAUGUGGAUCUGCGACGGAUUUUUUUUUUUGUAAAGUAUAAGCAUGGCCUGCAAAACGUUGGGGUCUGAUAAUCAGCCAGGCAGUAGUGUUCAGCAAAAUUCUUUUUGGUGUGACAGAGCAGGAUUCUGCAAUGUUUAAAAUUGAAAAUAAUUUAAUUCUUGUAAUUUUUUAAAUUACAGAGAUGUUCUUCUACUAGGGGUACGUAGUGCUUAAGAGUAGUUUUAAAGAACUAUAAUCAACUGCGCUGGCCAAACCGAGCCAAUAUUGAAAGUUAGAUUCUUGGUGAAAAUCAUGUAUUUAAUUUUUUAAUUUUACAGCUACAUCUUUAUUAAUUUAUCUUGUUCUGGCGCAUUAAGGAAGUUGAUCUUUACAAAAAAUACUAGUCAUAUGUGAUAAGUUAGCUUUUUAUAUUUUAUUACCAUUGUUGGCUACAAUAAAAUAACAUAUAUCAACAGGGCCAAUGAAAAUUGUGAAAAUUACUUGCACAAAUAGACACUCACUCAA